UCAUUGUCUUGUCAAAAAGUUUCAAUCUUUACAAAAGAAAUGAACACCCUUCUUGGUUUAAAGCUUGUAUCUUUACUUGUUCUUGGUAUUUCUGCAUUUUUUUUGGGUGUUGAGUCUCAAGAUGAUGAUGUUUCAGUGAUGUUAGCUUUGAAAAAGAGCUUAAACCCACCUCAAGAAGUUGGAUGGUCAGACCCGGAUCCAUGCAAAUGGAACCAUGUGGGUUGUUCAGAUAAACGGGUCACCCGGAUCCAAAUUGGGCGCCAGAACAUUCAAGGUACUCUCCCUCCAGAAAUCUCUAAACUUACUGAACUUGAACGUUUAGAGCUUCAAGGGAACAACAUUUCUGGCCCUUUGCCUAGUUUGAGUGGUUUGAGUUCAUUGCAAGUGUUACUGCUUGGUGAAAAUCAGUUUAGUUCAAUUCCUGCUGAUUUCUUUACUGAUAUGUCUUCAUUACUGUCUGUUGAUAUUGAUAAGAACCCUUUUGUUGGUUGGGAGAUCCCUGAAAGUCUUAGAAAUGCUUCUUCACUUAAAAACUUUUCAGCAAAUUCAGCAAAUGUAAUUGGGAGAAUUCCUAACUUUUUUAGUCCUGAUGAGUUUCCUGGAUUGGUAAAUUUACAUUUGGCUGGCAAUAACUUGGAAGGUGAAUUGCCCUCCAGUUUUUCUGGCUUGCUGCUUGAGUCUUUAUGGUUAAAUGGACAGAAGCUUAAUGGAGGAAUUGAUGUUCUAACAAACAUGACAUUCCUGAAGGAGGUUUGGUUGCAUUCCAAUAACUUUUCGGGGCCGUUGCCGGACUUUUCAGGAUUAAAGGCUUUGGAGACAUUGAGUCUUAGAGAUAAUGCCUUUACUGGUCCCGUGCCAAGUUCUUUGAUGAAUCUUGAGUCUUUGAAGUUCGUUAAUUUGACGAAUAAUUUCUUUCAAGGACCAAUGCCGGUGUUCAAAGGUUCUGUUGUUGUUGAUUCGGCCAAAGGUACAAAUAGCUUUUGCUCGUCACAACCAGGUGAUUGUGAUCCUAGAGUAAAUACAUUGCUUUCAAUUGCAAAAGCAAUGGAUUAUCCACCAAAUUUUGCGAAGAACUGGAAGGGAAAUGAUCCAUGUGCUGAUUGGUUUGGUCUUACUUGCAGUAAUGGUAACAUUACUGUCAUAAAUUUCCAGAAAAUGGGGCUUUCAGGAACAAUUUCUCCUGAAUUUGCUUCACUGAAGUCGCUACAAAAAAUAGUUCUUGCAGAUAAUAAUCUGACUGGUACAAUUCCAGAAGAGCUAACCACAUUGACAGGCCUUACAGAGUUAGAUGUGUCAAACAAUCAAAUUUAUGGAAAGGUACCAGCUUUUAGGAAAAAUUUGAUUCUGAAAUUUAGUGGUAACCCUGAUAUUGGAAAGGAUAAGAGUGAUGCACCUUCCCAAGGCAGUUCUCCAGGUGGUUCAACAGGCUCUGAUGAUGGAAAUGCCCAAGCAGCUCGUAAGAAGUCCAAUCGCCGGGUUGGAAUUGUGGUGUUUUCUGUAAUUGGAGGUGUAUUUAUGCUUUGUUUGAUUGGAGUGGCAGCUUUCUGUCUGUACAAAAGCAAACAAAAGCGUUUUAGCCGAGUGCAAAGUCCAAAUACCAUGGUGUUGCAUCCACGUCAUUCUGGUUCUGACAAUGAUAGUGUGAAAAUCACAGUUGCAGGAUCUAGUGUCAGUGUUGGUGCAGUUACUGAAACUCAUACUGUUUCUGCUAGUGAAGCCGGUGAUGUUCAAAUGGUUGAAGCAGGAAAUAUGGUGAUUUCCAUCCAAGUACUGAAGAAUGUGACCAACAAUUUUAGUGAAGACAACAUACUAGGCCGGGGAGGCUUUGGCACUGUCUACAAAGGUGAAUUGCAUGAUGGGACUAAAAUUGCAGUCAAAAGAAUGGAAAAUGGAAUCAUCACUGGGAAGGGACUAGCUGAAUUCAAAUCCGAGAUUGCUGUAUUGACUAAGGUCAGACAUAGGCAUCUUGUUGGACUACUUGGGUACUGUCUUGAUGGAAAUGAGAAACUUCUAGUCUAUGAAUACAUGCCUCAAGGAACAUUAAGCAGUCAUCUCUUCAACUGGGCAGAAGAAGGGCUUAAACCCCUGGAAUGGACAAAACGAUUGACCAUUGCAUUAGAUGUUGCUAGGGGUGUAGAGUACCUCCAUAGUUUAGCCCACCAGAGUUUCAUUCACAGGGAUCUGAAGCCUUCAAAUAUUCUUCUAGGGGAUGAUAUGAGGGCUAAAGUUGCAGAUUUUGGCCUUGUCAGACUUGCCCCAGAAGGGAAAGGUUCUAUAGAGACAAGGAUUGCUGGGACAUUUGGAUAUUUAGCACCGGAAUAUGCAGUAACAGGGAGAGUGACAACCAAGGUGGACGUGUUCAGUUUCGGUGUGAUUUUGAUGGAGCUCAUCACAGGAAGAAAGGCUCUUGAUGAAAGCCAGCCUGAGGAGAGCAUGCAUCUAGUAACAUGGUUCCGAAGAAUGCAUCUGAAUAAGGAUACAUUCAGAAAGGCAAUUGACCCCGCAAUUGACCUUAGUGAGGAAACACUCGCCAGUGUCAGCACUGUAGCUGAGCUAGCUGGCCACUGUUCUGCAAGGGAGCCAUAUCAAAGGCCUGACAUGGGCCAUGCUGUCAAUGUUCUUUCAUCUCUUGUGGAGCUCUGGAAACCAUCCGACGAGUGCUCAGAGGACAUAUACGGCAUUGAUCUCGAUAUGUCAUUGCCCCAAGCACUCAAAAAGUGGCAGGCUUAUGAAGGUACAAGUCACAUGGAUUCAUCCUCUUCUUCUUACCUUCCAAGCUUGGAUAACACUCAAACAAGCAUACCUACUCGCCCCUACGGAUUUGCUGAGUCAUUUACAUCUUCUGAUGGUAGGUGAGAAGUUGAUACUCUUUGAUCUAGGUUUGGUUGUUCAUUCUCUCCGUUUUCUUCCUCAUCGUGAGUCACACAUCAUUUUUUUUCUUCUUUUUUUUUUGCUUUUAACUCUGAUGCUUUUACCUUAACUCAUUGUUAGUUUUGGCACUGUGGUGAAUAGGGAUUCUUUUUAAGAUUUUUGUUGUCUUUUGACUCUUAUUGUAUGAUGAU